GUUCUACUGCAGUUAUGAAAUGUAUUAGAGUGUGAAUGGGAGAGGCAGAGAGAGAAACAGAUCCUACCUUCUCUAAGGAAUCAGUCAGAACUCAUACAACAGCUCGUCAUGUUUGCAGCAAGUGGAAGAAUCUCCAGUUGCUCUGUUUUACAGCUAUAUCUUAUGGACUUUUUAAAGGCAGCAAUGUUUUUGCUUGGACAUACCACUAUGAUACACAAUUAACUACAUGGAGUAUGUCACGUAACUGGUGCAGAACUCAUUAUACAGACAUGGUGGCAAUUCAGAAUAAAGACGAAAUCACAUAUCUGAGCCAGGUGUUGCCUCCUUCCCCAAAACACUACUGGAUUGGAAUUCGUAAAAUAAAUGAAGUCUGGACAUGGGUAGGAACCAAUAAAACACUGACUGCCGAAGCGAAAAACUGGGCACCAAGAGAACCUAAUAACAAAGGGAAACAACAAGACUGUGUGGAGAUUUACAUACAGAGGCUGGAACAUAGCGGGAAAUGGAAUGAUGAGCCGUGUACAAAUAAAAAAAGGGCUUUGUGUUAUCUAGCCAACUGCCAAGCAUCAUCCUGCAGCCAACGCGGCGAGUGUAUGGAGACGAUCGGCAACUAUACCUGUAACUGUCAUCCUGGCUACUAUGGUGCAGAGUGUGAACAUGUUAUAAAAUGUGCUGAGAUUGAGCAAAUACCUGAAGACUCUUCUAUGAACUGCACUCACCCUUUUGGUCACCCUGCCUACACAUCUGCUUGCCAUUUCCAGUGCAGAGAGGGAUUUAAACUAAGAGGGUCUAGCAGCUUGCGCUGCGCAGAACAUGGCAACUGGACUGGUGACUUCCCACAAUGUGAAGCUCUUCCAUGCCAAAAUCUGGCACCUCCUGGACAUGCAACGAUGAAUUGUUCUCAUCCUUUAAAGCCAUCAAGUUUUAUGUCCGUGUGUAAUUUUAGUUGUUUACCUGGCUUCAUGCUAAAUGGCUCCAAAGUAAUUGAGUGUGAUUCUUCUGGGCAGUGGACAGCUCCUGAGCCAAUCUGCCAAGCAGUCUCCUGCUUGACUCUAAAUGAUCCAAAGUAUGGAUGGAUGAAUUGUACCCAUGUACAUGGAGAAUUCCAGUAUAAUUCUACCUGUAAUUUCUUUUGUUCUGGAGGAUUUUUACUGAAAGGAUCAGAUUCAGUCAUGUGCCAGGCGUCUGGAGGUUGGACAAAUCAAGUCCCUACAUGUGAAGCUGUGCCAUGCCGAGCUCUCGCACCCCCUGGACAUGCAAUGAUGAAUUGUUCUCAUCCUUUAAAGCCAUCAAGUUUUAUGUCCAUGUGCAAUUUUAGUUGUAUACCUGGCUUCAUGCUAAGUGGCUCCAAAGUAAUUGAGUGUGAUCCUUCUGGGCAAUGGACAGCUCCGGAACCAAUCUGCCAAUCUAUCUCCUGUUCGACUUUGCAAGAUCCUACCUAUGGAUGGAUGAAUUGUACCCAUGUUCAUGGGGAAUUUCAUUACAAUUCUACCUGUAAUUUCUUUUGUUCUGAAGGAUUUUUACUGAAAGGAUCAGAUUCAGUCAUGUGCCAGGCAUCUGGAGGUUGGACAAAUCAAGUCCCUACAUGUGAAGCUCUUCCAUGCCGAGCUCUCGCACCUCCUGGGCAUGCGACAAUGAAUUGUUCUCAUCCUUUAAAGCCAUCAAGUUUUAUGUCCGUGUGUAAUUUUAGUUGUUUACCUGGCUUCAUGCUAAAUGGCUCCAAAGAAAUUGAGUGUGAUCCUUCUGGGCAGUGGACAGCUCCUGAACCAAUCUGCCAAUCUGUCUCCUGUUCGACUCUGCAAGAUCCUACCUAUGGAUGGAUGAAUUGUACCCAUGUUCAUGGGCAAUUCCAGUAUUAUUCUUCCUGUAAUUUCUCUUGUUCUGAAGGAUUUUUACUUAAAGGAUCAGAUUCAGUCAUGUGCCAGGCAUCUGGAGAUUGGACAGAUCAAGUCCCUACAUGUGAAGCUGUGCCAUGCCGAGCUCUGGCGCCUCCUGGGCAUGCGACAAUGAAUUGUUCUCAUCCUUUAAGGCCAACAAGUUUUAUGUCUAUGUGUAAUUUUAUUUGUUUACCUGGCUUCAUGCUAAAUGGCUCCAAAGUAAUUGAGUGUGAUUCUUCUGGGCAGUGGACAGCUCCUGAACCAAUCUGUCAAGCUGUCUCCUGUUCGACUCUGCAAGAUCCUACUUAUGGAUGGAUGAAUUGUACCCAUGUUCAUGGGAAAUUUCUGUAUAAUUCUACCUGUAAUUUCUAUUGUUCUGAAGGACUUUUACUGAAAGGAUCAGAUUCAGUUUUGUGCCAGGUGUCUGGAGAUUGGACAAAUCAAGUCCCUACUUGUGAAGCUGUGCCAUGCCGAGCUCUGGCGCCUCCUGGACAUGCAAUAAUGAAUUGUUCUCAUCCUUUAAAGCCAUCAAGUUUUAUGUCCAUGUGCAAUUUUAGUUGUUUACCUGGCUUCAUGCUAAAUGGCUCCAAAGUAAUUGAGUGUGAUUCUUCUGGGCAGUGGACAACUCCUGAGCCAAUCUGCCAAGCUGUGCCAUGCCGAGCUCUGGCGCCUCCUAGGCAUGCGACGAUGAAUUGUUCUCAUCCUUUAAAGCCAUCGAGUUUUAUGUCCAUGUGCAAUUUUAGUUGUUUACCUGGCUUCAUGCUAAAUGGCUCCAAAGAAAUUGAAUGCGAUUCUUCUGGGCAGUGGACAGCUCCUGAACCAAUCUGCCAAGGAUAUUGA